GGUUGCAACAUUCUAUUGUAAUCAAAAGCUUUUUGAGCAACUAUCCUAUACAGUUUGAAACAGAUGGAAUUGUGGGAUUAGUAAAUGGGGUGGGUUAUGAAAAAAUGAUUGGCACCAUUACAUUUCAGCCAAUGAUCAGCAUCUAGUUGUCACUAUUAUUGUUACAGCCCAGGUUCUAAUUCGUCUUUGUAUCUUUUUGCAGCAGAAAAACCAGAAGAGAUUUGAGAGACCUUCAGUGAUGGGUCCCAAUCGUCCUUUUGUAUUUAUGGUUACGGUUAUUGGGCUACUACUUUCUUGCAAGACUGCAUCGGCUGGGAAGCAUAUCACAUUAUUCCAACACAAAAUUACAUUAAAGGCUCACACUCGGAAUCUGAUUCCAUGUAUGUUCGACCCAGAACUUACAAUCAAUUCAGCCGAACUUGAAUUGGAAUGGGGGAAAGUUCCUGUAGGUGGGGGGGAGUACACCCCUUUAAUCCACCUUUACAACAACAGUGUAGAAACCUUCCCUGAGGACAAUCAGAGGUACCAGCUCUUUGUUUCUCUGGUGCCGAGUGGGAACUGUACAAUGAUUAUAGAUCCCACCGAAACCAUGGACAGCGGAACAUACGAAUUUUGGAUUUCUGUGAAUAAGGUGGUGUAUAAACCCGCUUCCAAGAUCAAAAUUGACAUUUCGGAUGAAAAGAAAACUUCCUCUCAAUCACGCUCAUUUUGGCCAUCUUGGAUGAAAAAAGGCAAAAAAGAAGAAAAGACAACUACUGCUCCAACCACUAUGACUACUACUACAACCACUACAACUACUGUAAUAACCAGUACAGAGCCGGCAGAUACAGACAGUAGUGAUUCCACCGUGGCAGAUAUAGCGGUGAUGAUUAUCGUACCGGUUCUUGUGAUAGUCACAAUCAUGUUAGGAGUUGUAAUUUAUCUGUAUUGCAAACUGAAGCGCAAAGUUGAAUCUGGGGAUGAAGAAAACCCACAAGUGAGCACCCCAGCAGCUCAGUCUCCGAGUGCAACAACUCUUAAAGUUGAGGAUGAAAUUGAUGAAGAGGAGACUGAUGAAGAAGAGGAAACUGAGGAAGAGGAGACUGAGGAAGAAGAAGAAACUGAUGAUGAAGAAGAGGAAACUGAUGAGAAGUGAACUCUUCUUAAAGAGAAGCCAAAUAUUAAGGGAGACAAGUGAAGACAAUGAAAAAGAAUAUGAAUUGUUGUCUCCAAAUCUAGAGUGGAAUAACGCGGUACCAUGCCCACAUCGGUUCAUCCGGUGAUGUAAAGACGUCUGCUCAUGGUACCUACAUUAUACAGGCCACAAAGAGUGGCAAAUGUGAAGGACCGCAUCAAUAGGAAGAAGGGAGCUGCACAGAACUGAGGGGGGAGAUUAAACUGCUGUCAGAUCUUCCUACCCAGUGUGGCUCCCUUUGGUGCGGGGGUGGGUUGGGGGACAAAGGUGGUACAAGACCGCCAAGGGGCAAAAAGUUAGAAUUUCGCCCCUGAUAUUAUACAUUGUUAUACACUGGCAUAAAUAUAUGUUAAGUCCAUAGCACCAUAUUGGAGCUAUAUCUAUUUAUGUUGUAUGUACACAUUAUUUCUUGAUGUUGAAACGUUGAAAUAAAAAAAAAAUGUAACAUUU